UAAAGAGGAUUUUCCUGUUCAAAUUGUAUGAUAUAAUCUUUUCCAACGCGUAAGAUAAUUAAUAUUUUUCACAAAAUUAGAUGUUGAGAUAUUAAGAAUUUUUGCAAUCGCUUAAAAUUCUUAUCGAUUUCUACGAAAACUCGGCAAAAAGAGAUAACUUGUACAACUUGAUAUUAUUGCGUUUCGUUAAAAAAACGAUUCAUCAUAAUCAUCGUUCAUAACUUUCUUCGUAAACGUAUUUUUACAGCAAUUUAUAUUUAUAUCGUUAAGAUAUAAAGUAUGAAAAUGUAUAAAAAUUUCUCCUCAAAAUGCUUCCCUUCAAAAAACUUUGAACGUUAUAUCUCCUAUUACAGAAGGUCUGUAUAGGUCUUUCCGUUGAUGAAAUAGGUUUUUGCAUAACAAAUUUCAAAUAACAAGUAUUCCCAAGAUUAUAAAUUGUAUCAUAAAUAGCUUUACAUUACAUAUAGAUAUCUUUGUAGAAUAUUCUUAGCGGCAAUGCAUAACGAAAAUAUAACGUUAUAAAUUUGUAUGUAGGGCGGAAUGGAGUCGAAAAUAACUCGUUUAAAUAAUUCAAAAAUUAUCACGCGUCAUAACAGGUAAUCUUGCCACGACGUGCACCACGGAAAAAUUAAAAUCGACAAUAAUUUUAACAAUAUGGGAUUAAAUAAUAGAUUCGUUUCUUUCCGUCUCGCCAGUUUUACGUAUUUUCUAUAUAUAAUUUUCUAUAUAACCAAUUCUUCUCUCUUCUGUUUCACGAAAUUCUGUACACGCGAUAUCGGUGGAUAAACCUUCCAUUCAGAGAUAUCUCGUGGUUGCAUAAUUCGUGGAAGUCAAAUCUUUGUAUCAAAGCGUAAACCACAAUUUUUGUUUGGCGAUCGGCGGAAAUAGAGGUGGUCUCGUAUUUGCUGUGCAGGGUAAAACAAGUUUGCAACUCGAUGGAACAGAUUUGUUCAAAACCUGUCCCCCCUUCUCUCGCGAGACGCUGUUGCGCGAUCGAACAGAUAGGGAGAUCAUCUUCUCCCGUUUCUUUCACCGGAUAUGGAAUUCUUCUCCUUCUUUUUUUUUUCCUCUCUCUCGUAACCAAAGUUUUGCCGCGAUAAAAUGGCAUGCCACUUUUCCCAUUCUAGACAUUCUUUGUGAAUUCAACUUUUGGAACUUCAAGUACGUGCCAUUCAUCCUUGUAAAACCGUAAAUAGUUUGGAAAAUUACGCAUUCGCCACUGUUUUUUAGCGAGAAACCAAGCGAGAAAUUGAAUCGUGUAAUUUUUCUCGUGGUUAAUAAACGCUGAUAUGAAAAAAAAGAAAAAGAAAAAGAAAAAAGUAGUUGACCGAUGAAAAAUAUUUCUGUUGUAGUAUCGAUAAUACCGUCGUUGAUACCGUCAAAAUGAUUAAGAUUAUCGUAUCGUAUCGUUUAACCGUUUUAAUCACAAAAAUCUUGGAAUAGUAUGACGCGUGUAAAUAUUAAAGUAUCUUCGAUAGAUACUUUAAUUUAUCUUUUAAAUUAAAAAAAAAAAAAAGAAAAAAGAAAAAGAAUAUCGAUCAGAAUAAUGCUUUCAUCAAACGGGAUAUAAAUAAAGAUCUCUCUAACAUUUUCCCUCUCGUUCUGCACCUCGUCUGAAAUUUCACAAUAAUUUCGAGUCAAUUAUAUCUUUCUCGAAAAUAUGAUUACGCACAAUUACGUGAAAAUAAGCGCGCACCUCUUCUUCCUUCUCGAGCGAAAGAUUUCCGAAUCGAUUUGUUAAACACCGGAUACACGCGAAUUCGAUUCGCGUAUCGCGACACCGCGUCGCUUUAUCACGUCGAGCCGGUAGCUCGAUCGUAUCGCCGCGAACGGGAGCUGUCCAAACAUUCCCGUCACGCUUUUAUCGCGCGACGCUCGAACGUGAACGCUGUGCUCCGCCGAUUCCUCGCGCGCGCGGUUCAAUAACUUCCGGAUCGCGCGCCACGAUAUCGACGUUUGGAAUUCGAGGGAAAAGGAGAAAAAGAAAAAAGAGAAAAGAAAAAAAGGAAGGAGGCGAAAAGGUGACGAGGCAAACUUUACCGCCGACUUUAAACACCGCCUCUUACUCGUUGGGUGGAGGGGGGAAGGGGUGGGGAUGUCAGAAGCGAGAUGGAGGCACGUGUGUCGCGAGCUCGACGGUUUUACAAUGCGGUGCUACUACUACGAGAUGGUAUCCACUUGUUCGAUAAUGUUGUUUUGACGAUUAUCUCGAUAUCUCGCGUUAUAUAGUCGUUUAAUCGACGCGGAGAUAGGUCAGAACGUGACGAGGCACCUAUCGGUCACCUCGCGAUAUUUUCGUUUUCGCGCCGGGUUCCAUCGCCGCCAUGACAGAGGCCAAGGAGAAAACGUGGAAGAGGAAGAGGGUUUCUCUCGGAGUCGGCGGUGCCUUGGUGGAGCUGGAGCAGGAUCCCGAACGUGGUAGCUGGGGCAAUCCCAUCGAGUUUGUUCUAUCCUGCAUCGGGUAUGCCGUUGGCAUUGGCAAUGUUUGGCGUUUCCCUUACCUUGUAUAUCGUAAUGGCGGUGGUGCUUUUAUAAUUCCGUUCGUUUUAAUGCUGAUAACCAUGGGAUUACCGAUAUUUUUUUUGGAACUGGCUGUUGGACAGUAUUCCGGACUCGGCCCUAACGAGGCGUUCAAACGUAUGGCGCCGGCACUCGAGGGCCUCGGUUAUUGCACCCUGGUCGUCAUUUUGCUCGUAAUGGUCUACUACAUGGUGAUCGUUGCCUGGACACUCUUCUACACGUUCCUCUCGUUCCUGCCGAAGCUCAGUUGGGCCUACUGCGACAACGAUUUCAACACGAACCAUUGUUACAGCGGGCUUCAAGAGAUUCAAUGUCAAACGGACGAUCCGGAAACGAUAUUUUACAACAAGAGUUGCAUAUCGGCCAGACACGUAUGCCGGAGCUUCGAUUUCGAGGAUGGGAACAUCACGCAUUGUUUCAAAGCUGACAAAGUGGAACUUCUUCGAAACCUUUACACACGGAUCCUUUCGUCUGAAGAAUAUUUCAACGAUUAUGUGCUUGGUAUACGAGGAGCUACGUGGGAACACUUCGGAGGCGUGAGAUGGGAAUUGUUAGGAUGUCUGACCCUCGCUUGGAUAAUCUGCUUCUUGUGUCUGAUGCGUGGCGUCCAAUCCAUUGGAAAAAUCGUCUACUUCACCGCCCUUUUCCCCUACGCCAUGCUUAUAGCGUUGCUGAUACGAGGUGUGACGUUGGAAGGUGCCCUCGAUGGCUCUCUUUGGUUCAUCAUGCCGAAAUGGUCCACCUUGCAAUCCACCAGUGUCUGGGCGGAUGCUGCUUCCCAAGUUUUCUAUUCCCUCGGUAUCGGUUGCGGAUCCCUGAUCACCCUGUCGAGCUACAGUAACUUCAACAAUAAUUGUCACAGAGACGCGAUAUUCGUAACUUUCACGAACUUAGCCACGUCGAUUUUCGCCGGUUUCGUCAUCUUCUCGAUCAUGGGAUUCCUCGCCCGUCAAAUGGGGGUUUCGGUCGAGGAGGUGAUACAGAGUGGAGCCGCGCUUGCAUUCAUCGCGUAUCCGGAAGCGGUGGUGCGGAUGCCGUUGCCCAACGUGUGGGCCGUCCUGUUCUUCGUCAUGCUGUUCAUCCUGGGUAUCGGGAGCCAAUUCGCAGGCGUGCAGGCGAUAAACACCGCCAUAUUGGACCUGAGGCCGGAUUUACGAAAGCGGGAGAGCCUGGUUGUGUUGGGUAUAUGCGUCACUUGCUGGUUCCUUGCCAUACCGAUGGUGUUCGACGGUGGUAUUUACCUGUUCACGCUGAUGGACUGGAACACAGCUUCUUGGGCGAUACUAUUGAUCGGGAUUGCCGAGGUCGGCGUGGUAGGCUGGUGUUACGGGUGCAACAAAUUCCUGCGUAACAUAGCCGAGAUGCAAAUGCGGUUCAACCUUUUGCUCCGCAGAUAUUGGUGGCUCAGCUGGGUCGUGCUGGCGCCUAUCACUUGUCUGGUGGUGUUCGUGUAUCAAAUAUAUACGUACGAGAUGCCUCGUUAUGGCAAGUACAUAUUCCCUAACUGGGCGAAUGCGAUCGGAAUACUGAUCGGCCUGUCGACCCUCGCCCCGAUGCCGCUAUUUUUCAUCCGCCGCGUUUGGAAAGGGCCGAGGGACCGGAGCAUGUUUCGGCCGAAGAAGACGUGGGGGCCUGCCGUGGAAAAAAGUAAGGACACGGUGUCCACGGCGUCCGUCAAGGUAUCCGAACCGCGUGGGAACGAGACGCAGGAGAAUUCCCCAGUUUAAAUUCCGCGGACACGACAAUUUUUGAUCGAUCCACCCUUCUCUCCACGCCGAUUCCGGUCACGUCGAUUCGGAUGUUGAUGAACGCUUGAGAAAAAGAAACGCUCCCUUCCCUCCCGACAGAAAUAUCGUUCGAAACGCGUACACUUUUCCAAUUUUUCUUCCCUCCUUUCUUCCUUUUUUUUUUUUUAAAUAAUAUCCCGAAUAUUAUUCGAUUUGCCCGACUUUUUUUUGAACGGGGGAGGCAAGGGGAGGAUCGAAUUGUGAGUACGACGGCGAUGUAAUUACAUGUAAUCGUUGAAAUAAAUAAGCGGUGUGUGGAAAAAUUCGUGGACCAAUGGCGGAGCCCGGUUGAGCACCACUGCCGUGCGCACGUUCAUUUCGA